AUUUUCUGAAAACCAGCAGGCGCAGGUAUUUAAUGUUUGGCGCGGUCUAUAGAUUCAGUAGCUAGUAUCACUCGCUGUUGUAAACCCGCUCGUACUUUAACAUUAUCACCGCUAUGGAUACAAAUAGCCAAUUUUACGUGGACGGACAGCAGGUUACAAUACAAUUUACAUCUGAUCAUUUAAAAUGGACACAAACAAGUGACAAAAAAGAAGUUUUGGUUGAAGCAGACAACAUCCUAUCUUGUACAACCAAGACCGAUGAAACGGGCUUUGAAGUCAUUUAUGCCGCUCAGUAUAAACAUUCCAAACUGAGAGAUACACGUGUUGUAUUCUCCGGACCUCCGGACCAUGUUAGAACCGUUUCCGAGAUUAUCCAGGGAUUUCUUGCAGACAGCCAGCGGCCCCGCAGAUUGUUAAUCCUGAUUAACCCAGAGAGCGGCAAAAAGAGGGGCUAUAAGGACUACGUCAACAAGGUGUUACCUGUCUUGGAGCGGUGCGGGGUACAUGCGGACGCUAUAGUUACGACUAGGAAAGGCCAGCCUACGGACUUUCUCAGCAAAUAUGACCUGGACAGUAUUGACGGGUUGGUGGCGAUGGGAGGAGAUGGAUUCUACUGUGAAUGCUUGAACGCCUUGAUCAGGCUGACACAGACGAAGUCCGGGGUUGACUAUAAUGAUAGCACCGCGGAGUUGGUUUCUCCUACCAUUCCCAUUGGGAUACUCCCGGCAGGAACAGGUGACUACGUAGUACAGUACUUACAUGGGACCAGAUGUCUUGUUACGGCAGUCCUGAGGAUUCUCAUGGGUAAAACUGUCUACACGAACUCGGCCAGUGUUCACGAAGAAAACCAAUGUUUGGCCCAUUCCAGCCUCGUUUUGGGGUUCGGUCUGUUCGGAGACAUGAUGCACAACUGUGAAAAGUACCGCUGGAUGGGCUCCAACAGAUACAACAUCGUCCCUCUCGCAUCACUUCUUAGGAGACGAACAGUGGAUGUUGAAAUUGAAUAUCUUCCUGCAAAGUCUUCAACUUCAGAAUUUUGUGGACAGUCCCGAGCUUUCAAACGUCAAAUAUCAUUACCACCAGGAAAUACAGAAGUGAUGCCCCGUCUCCGAAGACAGUCUUCUGUGCCUGAUAUUCUUUCCGACAAGACUAAUGAAUGGCAGAAGACAACUGGUCGCGUUUUUGCUGUUGAUACUCAUCCUAUCGUCAUGGCAGCGAAAGAUGGGCGCAUGCGCCCUUGCUUCGGUACUGACAAUUUGACCAUGACUAUAACGGACAAAUGCAGCAUAUCUAAGCACAUCCAACAACUGUCAAUGGUCAAAGAUCAGAAACCUGACUGUUACAAUUUCGAAUUCGUCAGACAGAUGAAAGUGGACGCCUACAGAGUUCGUCUUCCUAACACGCCAGUCCGGACAACCGAAACAGGGGGAAAGGAACUGGACAAGAAUUUGUUUAUUAACUGUGACGGAGAGGCGAUCCGUUUAACUACUCCUCUGUUCGAGGUUAGGUUCCACAGAAACAUCGCGGCCCUUUUUGGGACACCGCCGACAUGAAUGGUCAUCAUAACUGGGUGUCAACCCAUUGAAAUAUUUUAAACAAGUGCCCUGUCACUUGACUUGUUUUAAACAAGUGCCCUGUCACUUGAGUUGUUGUACAAGGGCCCUGUUACUUGACUUGUCAUACAAGGGCCCUGUUACUUGACUUGUCAUACAAUGGUCUUGUCACUUGACUUGUUAUAAACAAGUGACCAUGUCACUUGACUUGUUAUACAAUGACCCUGUCACUUGACUUGUUAUACAAUGACCCUGUCACUUGACUUAGGGAUGCCAGCUGAGUCCGAAUCUAUCUUCCUCAAACACUGAUUGCGACAAGAUGAAGAACUUUACCAUCCAGAAAAAAAAGCAUUGAGUGUAUCAUGAAAACAGCACAACGGAAACACUGUGGCAACUCCUGGUCUCCCCGGAACAAACUUAGAUGCUUAUUGAACGCGCUCUGUGUACGUGAGAUGCCAAUUGCAUUUAUACCAAUAUAAUAUAUAUAUAUUGUUAUUAAAAUAUUUACACAAAUAA